UUUUUCGGUGCAUUUGAUUUAUUCCGACAAAAGCCAACCAUUGCACAAGCCCUGAUGGAAGCCGUCAAUGUGUUUCCUGCCUCUUAAAGCUUGAAGCAGCACAAAGAACCUUCACAUUGCUUCCUGAAAUUGCAACAGGUCCCUUGCUCAUCGGCCAUUGGGAGUGGGUGACGGGAACAAAUCCUUAACGCUCGCAUAAAGUCGCUUCCUCUAUCUUGCCUUGAGGAUCCAAAGCUCUGAUCGAACGCUAUUCAAAGGAAUUGGCCCUGCCAUGGCUGAUGUAGACCUGGACAGCCUUGCCAACGUGACCGCUGGUGUCUCUGCCGUCUCCACCUAUAACUAUGACGAAGACGAGGUCUUACUUUGCACCAAAACCGAAAGCAAUAAUUUUGGAGAGGUCGUCGUCCCCAUCUUUUUCUACGUGAUCUUCACCAUCAGCUUGUUGGGGAAUGGCCUGAUCUUGUUCCUACUCUUGAAAUUUGAGAACAUCAAGACGGUGACCAACUUAUUCAUCCUCAACUUGGUGAUCUCGGACUUGCUGUUUACGGUUUCGCUCCCGUUUUGGGGUUAUUACCAAACCCACGGCUGGAUCUUCGGAGAGGGUCUGUGCAAGGUGGCCUCGUCCACCUUUUACAUCGGGUUUUACAGCAGCAUCCUGUUCCUGACCAUGAUGACGGUUGACCGAUACAUGGCCGUUGUCCACGCCAUUUCUGCCGCCAGGACCAGAAAGCUCACGUAUGUCUACUUGGCAAGCGCCAUUAUCUGGGCGGUAAGCUUCUUGUCGACCAUUCCCAAAUUAUUCUUGUACGGAACGAGGAAUGAUGCGUUAUAUGGGAUUCUCUGUGUGGAGACUGGUUACAACAAGGAAACCAUCCAGUGGUGGAAGAAGUUUGGGUACGGUCAACAGCUUCUCAUAUUUUUCUUGAUCCCGUUGGUCAUCAUCCUCUACUGCUACACGUUGAUCGUCGUCAAGCUGUACAGCACCAAAAUGAACAACAAGGACAAAGCUGUCAAGCUGAUCCUUCUCAUCGUGUUGGCCUUCUUCAUCUGCUGGACCCCAUUCAACGUCGUCCUCUUCAUCAAAGCUCAGAACCUAUACCAAGAAUCUGAGGGCGACGACUGCAGCAAUACCAUUGACUAUGUCUACUUUCUCUGCCGAAACAUCGCCUAUUUCCACUGCUGCGUCAACCCCUUCUUCUACACUUUUGUUGGCACCAAGUUCCGGCACCAUUUGGCCUCGCUGUUUGGCGACUGGAUUAGGCACGGACUGAGGUACAGGCACCCAAGCCUGAGCAGUAGGACCAGCGAAUAUUCCCCGCAGACCAUCUAUGAAUAACUUAGACUUUAUGAAGGACAAUGGUAGUUGGCAACUGCAUUAACUUUUUAGCUUAAGGAUACAUAACCUUUUUUUUAAAUCUUCCAUUUUUUUUUGUUUAGCUUAGUGAAGUUUGCUAAUAGUCUGCUAAAAACCUUAUAAAUGUCUGCUAAAAGCUUA